AUGAAAAUGGGUGAAUUUGUGGUUAGUGAGGAUAUGGAGACUGUGAAGAACGAGAAGAACAUGGAGGAAGAAGAGAGUGGUGGUGGUGGUAGUGGCUCUGCAGAGGUGGUGAGCUGGGGGAGCUAUCUGCCGAAAAUGGUGCUCAGGGUUCUUCUGAUUGAAGCCGAUGAUUCGACGCGUCAGAUCAUCUCUGCGCUUCUUCGAAAAUGCAAUUACAGAGUUGUUGCUGUUGGUGAUGGAUUAAAGGCAUGGGAGGUCAUAAAGGGGAAACAUCAUAAGAUAGAUCUUAUAUUAACUGAAGCAGAGCUACCGUCAAUAUCCGGAUUUGCGCUCCUUACUUUAAUCAUGGAGCAUGACAUGUGCAAGAACAUCCCUGUGAUAAUGAUGUCCUCUCAGGAUGCUGUUAGCACGGUUUUGAAAUGCAUGCUAAAAGGUGCAGCUGACUAUCUCAUUAAGCCUGUCAGGAGGAAUGAGUUGAGGAACCUUUGGCAGCAUGUUUGGAGAAGGCAAACUAUUGGUGCACAAGCUCCUCAAAACUCAACUGUUCCUCAGCAUAAAGCUGAAGCCACUUCUGAGAAUAAUGCAGCAAGUAAACAUUCAAAUGAUUAUGCAGUUUCUAUGCGAGGAAAUAAGGAAUGCAGUGAGAAAGGAAGUGAAGCCCAAAGUUCUUGUACAACACCUUUCUUGGGAGCUGAGAGUGCAUACAUGCAAAAUAUGCAGGAUAUUUCACAACUAAAGUAUGGGAGUGCUUCUAAUUUGAGCAAUACAGAUAUGGAAAGGCUUGAAGAGUGUGCUAGGCUAGCGAAGGAAUCUGUUAUGCAUGAGAGUGAAUCAAAAGAGAAGUCGGGUACAUUUGGAUCAGAUGAUGCACCUUUGAAUGAUCAUACCUCAACUGCUAUAAGACUGAGAGAGGACCAUGCUUCUGCUAUAAAAAUGGUUGAAGGUGAAGGUAUCCUACCAGAAAGUUACAAAGGAAAUGCUAACAUCUCUAGUGAAACUCACAGCUGCUCUUAUGAACUGGAUGAACCAUCCAGUGGAGCUAUUGACUUUAUUGGCACCUUUGACAAUCCACCCAAGUGCACUGUUGGACACCCUAAGAGUAGAGAGGAUGGUACAAAGCACAUAGGAUGUGCUACACAAUUGGAACUUUCUUUGAGAAGUGGUCUGGGUAGUUCAAACAAGCAAGCGAGUGACGAAAGGCCUUUUCUGAACCAUUCUGAUGCUUCUGCCUUUUCAUGGUAUAAUAAUAGCAAGACACUGCAAUCCCUUUUCCCAACAUUUCCCAGUACUAAAUCAGAGGUUGUAAGUAAAUCCCAUGAUAGCCAAGAAAUGUCUACCUUGGUAUCCCGUCAAACCGCCCAAGCUGAUAUAUCUUUGCCAGGUCCUCAACUUGGGAUGAUUGGGGUAAGGUCUGAUAAUAUUUGUGCUGGAUACGAUCACUCUUUCCCAUCCUUGUUUGUUAGACAAUCAGAUUUAACCCCAACAUGGAGUACCAAAUCAGUUUGCCACGGAGCACAGUCCUCCUUCCCUGUGAAUACUUCAAAUCAUUCAAAUCCUGAAAUUCACCACUCAGAACAAGAUUGUCACCUGUCUGAUAAAACUACCUAUAAAUCUAUUGACCAAACCGUGCAUGAACAGAACAAACUGGAGCGCAUGGAGGAAUCUAGACCUGGCUCUCCUGCUACUGGGCAGAGUGCUUGUAGUAGUUUGGGCAAUGCUGUUGGCAAUAAUAUUGGUAGCGGCACAUAUGGAAGCAAUUGUACUAGCAAUGAUGGAGAUGCCUUGGCUGUGGCUAGUGAGAUUACCGCAGCUUCUGAGAGCUUGAAUGGCAGUGGUCGCUAUGUUCAUGAGGGACUUGGAGGAGCUGAUUCUCUUCGUUCCAGCCAAAGGGAAGCAGCUCUGACUAAGUUCCGACUGAAGCGGAAGGAUCGAUGCUUUGAGAAGAAGGUCCGAUACCAAAGCCGGAAACUACUGGCAGAGCAGCGGCCCCGGGUGAAAGGUCAGUUUGUGCAUCGGGCGCAGACUGAUUCUCCAACUGCAGAUGCUGCUGUUGAGUUAUAA